UACUUAGGCAAAGCAUUAGAAACCAGUGAAGAAGAGGAUAACAAAUUACGAUGGAUGACAAGAAUAUAAAUUGGUUUGGAAAAGCAUCAUGAGACGAUUAUAAUGGGUAACAAGAAUAGUUAGGAGAAACCAUCAGAAGAAGACGACAGCACACUCAGAAAGUUUACAUUCUUGCACAAUGGCCCAACUUGAAGUCAGCAGAAAAUAUGCCGAGACCCCAACCCCGAAAACUCCUAAAGCUCAAUCCCUCACCUUUGAGCAACUCCUUCAAGAUGAUGAAGAUUCAUGGCAACAUAGUACCUCACCGACUCUUGCAAGGAACCACUACCACGAUGAAGAUUUGAGCCCCCAUAAUAACAAGAAAUCAGUUUUGACUAAAGUCAAGGAGAGAGCUAGGAAAUUGCGCCAGUCAUUCAGCGGAAAGAAGAAGCAUGACGAUGAGAAUCAUGAAACCCCGGACGGCAACACUACACCGCCUUGGGGUGUUAGUUUGGACGACUCCUAUGAUGAUGAAGAAGAUGAAGAUGCUGAGUAUCUUGGAGCUCCAAUGUAUGAAUCAGAGCUAGCACCUGAAAUUUAUAGAGAAACUGCAAGGCAACAUCCAAGAGCAGAUCCAGUUGUUUCUGAGAAGCAUCUUUUCCCAACCAGCAUCAAACACGAAGAUGGAGAUGAAGGGAAAGAUAAGGCUGCUGCUGUGAGCAAGACCAUCACUGAAACCGUGUCUGAGAAACUCGCACCAGCAUAUGCUAAGGUCAGCGAUGCCACUCAAUUAAUUGCUUCCAAGAUUGCAGGGUUGACUAUUUCAAGCCCUGAGGACCAAGAGAAACAUGCAAAUCCGGAUACGGAGCAUCUUCCUGCUGACGAUGUCAAGAAUAUUGACAGGAGCUCCGAGAUUAGAGAACAUCUGGGUAAUUGGAGCCCACAAAAGUGGGACAAAGGUGUUUCAGUGAAGGAGUAUUUCAUGAACAAGCUCGAGCCUGGAGAAGAUGACAGAGCACUUUCUCAGGCCAUAUCUGAGGCAAUAAGUCCAAGAAAGAGUCCUCGUGAUAUGGGCAUGGUGGAAAAAGUGCGAGAAGCUGUAACUUCAUUUCUUCGACACGAUGAACACCCUCACUCUGCUUCAAAAGGCUCUGUAGCAGAACCCUCCACGGAGAAAAUCAAGGGAACAAAUUUUUCUCAAAACGUUCCCGUUUCUACUACCAAAACAGAAGCUUCACCUCCACAGCCAAACCUCAAGUCUCUUGGUGCGAGCACUGUGGAAAACCUCCACAGGGACCCAAGCAAGGCAACAAGUUUGUCAUCUAAUAAUCCGGUUUCCCCACCAAAUUCCCUCUCUUCAGUCAAUGUAAAUUCGUCUCCGGUCACCAUGUCCCCCAGGGCAAUCUCUAGGGAAGAACCAUCCAAGGAGACAAUUAAACUGACGAAUUUGUCAUUAAAUCUUCCCAAUUCUACCAAGAAAGGGGUUCCACCACCAAAUUCCAACUCUUCUACCAGUGCACACACACCUUCACAUGCCCCCAUCUCCCCAGGUGCAAAUUUUAUGGAACAACCCGGGAACGAGAGAGCAAAGGCAGCAAACUUGUCGCCACAAGUUCCCCUUUUUAUCAGGACCGAAGUUCCACCACUCAAUUCUAUCUCUUCUACCAAUGCAAGUUCAUUGUCACAUGUUUCCAGCCCCCGUGGCGCAAGUUCUAAAGGAAAACCAUCCAGGGAGACGAUGAAAGCGGAAUAUUUGAUAUCACACAAUCCCCUAUGGAUCAAAACAGAAGUUCCAUCACCAACUUCCACCUCUUCUGCCAAUGUAAAUCCGUCGUCAUACUUCCCCCUCUUCCGCAGCACAAGCUUAACGCCUCAGGUCCCUGUCUUCCACAGCGCAAGUUCAUCUCCCCUCGUUCCAGUCUCUACUAAUGCCCAAGAAGAUCUUGAGGAGCAAACUCAUGGAAGAAUACUUCAAGCCAACUGAAGACCAACUCUUGGUCAGGUGCAAAUUGAUUACCAGCUAUUUCCUGAAUCUCCUUUAGUGGGACCUUGUGCAAUCAUAAGCUGGUCAACCAGAAAUAAGUUGCUUUUACAGCACCAUUAGUAGGAAUUUUGUACCCAUUAGUACUGAUGGAUCUGCCAUUUUAGUCCGAAAUUAGUUACAUUAUUGGUCACUGCAGAUGUGUCUGCAUUCUUAAUUAGGUUUGUAGGCCAAGUUGUUUAGACAAAUAGACAAGAAGAGGACUUCAGCCGAUGUGGAUUCUUUGUUGUGAUAAUUGCAUCUGUGCUGUAUAAUCAUCCUUUGAAGUGAAUGAUUUCAUCUUAAAGUGACACAGA